UCUCCUAGUAGGUGAGUCUUAGGGACACUCCCAUCCUGUCAUAAAUUAGCCGGAUCCUUAGUUGCCCGUCACUCUGAGUUCCUGUUUCCCCUGUCUCAGAUGAAGCAACUUGCAAAAUAUUCUUGAAAUAUGAAGCAAGAAGAAUAAUAUUUAAAAGUAAUGUGAUCAUUAUACCCUUUUAUCCAUCAAAGUGGCUUCAUUCCACUCUCUCUCUUCUGUACUUAGAUCUUGCAUGAAAUAUUGGACAAGCCGAAGUGUUUGGGAAGAAAUUUUCAUAGUCAUUAAUCUUUGCAAUGGGUGUGCUCAGGUUCCAGCCUAUCUUCUUUAGGAGUUUUGUGGGGUCCAGCGGAGUCACCCAAGCAGUGCUCACCUUCCUUCUGAUUCCAUGUUGCUUGACUCAGGAGUUCAGAGCACCCCCUUUUAUCCCCAAUGUAUCUUUCCUCUGGGGCUGGAAUGCCCCAACUGAACUUUGUGCUCAAAAGUUUAACGUGCAGCUAGAUCUGAACCUUUUCUCUUUAGUAGGAAGCCCUCGAAAAAGUGCCACAGGACAAGGUAUUACAUUAUUUUACGCUGACAGACUUGGCUACUAUCCUCACAUACAUGAAAAGACUGGCAAAAAUGUGAAUGGAGGAAUCCCCCAGGCUGGAAACUUAAAAAAGCACUUGGAGAAAGCCAAGGAAGAUAUUGGCCAUUACAUACAAAGAGACACCACGGGCCUGGCUGUUGUUGACUGGGAAAACUGGAGGCCUGUCUGGGCAAGAAACUGGAAACCUAAAGAUAUUUACAAGCAUCAGUCUAUUGAGUUGGCUCGGCAACAACAUAUAGAACUUAAUGCCACAGAGGCCGCCAAGAUAGCCAAAGCAGAUUUUGAAAAGGCAGGAAAAUGUUUCAUGCAAGAGACCUUAAAACUGGGAAAAUCCCUUCGGCCAAAUUAUUUAUGGGGUUAUUAUCUCUUUCCUGACUGUUACAAUCAUAAUUAUAAGACCCCCGGUUACAAUGGAAGUUGCUUUGAUUUAGAAAAGAAAAGAAAUGAUGAACUCAACUGGAUGUGGAAGGAAAGCACAGCCCUUUUCCCAUCCAUUUAUUUGAAUAGCAAAUUAAAAUCUUCUCCAUACGCUGCUUUCUAUGUCCGCAAUCGUGUUUGGGAAGCCAUCCGGGUUUCUAAAGUAUCCAGUGUUAAACAUCCACUUCCAAUUUUUGUAUAUACCCGUCCAGUUUUUACUGAUGUGUCUUUGAAAUAUCUUUCUGAGGAUGACCUUGUGAAUACAAUCGGUGAAACGGUUUCUCUAGGUGUCUCUGGAAUGAUAAUAUGGGGAAGCCUCAAUUUAACCCAAAAUGUGGUAAGUUGA